AGUUGGUGUUAGAAGGGUUAGUUAUAGAUGAAGUUUUGGUUUUAAAUAAUGAAUCUUUAUUUUUAGUACUUGCUUUAGAACUUGCAAGAGAAGGUUUAGUUACUGAUGAGAUUUUUUCAUAG